AUGGCAGACUCAGAUGUAGUGGACUUGGAUUUAACUAUUGAUAAUUUAGUUCCGAAGAGUCCCGAAAGGGUGGCUGAAGAAAAGAAAGAAAGUGGUAACCAUUUGUACAAAUUCAAAAAUUACAAGGGUGCCUUGACUAUGUAUGAUGAAGCUAUUCAGCUUUGCCCUGAAAAUGCAGCAUACUAUGGCAACAGAUCCGCAUGCUACAUGAUGUUGGGAAUGUACAAGAAAGCUCUUGAAGAUGCACAGAAAGCUGUUUCUUUGGAUUCUACAUUCACAAAGGGAUACAUCCGCAUGGCUAAAUGCUGUAUUGCACUGGGUGACCUGUCGGGUGGUGAACAGGCGGUGCGACGUGCAAGUGAGCUCGGAGGCGCGGAUUGCGCGGCGAGCGAGAGACGUGCUCUAGAAACAUUACGAAAGCUGCACGAGGAUGCUCAGCGCGCAAUGGAAACCAACGACUAUCGCCGCGUUGUAUUCUGCAUGGACCGAUGCCUCGACUACAGUCCCUCUUGCACUAAGGCGAAACUCACAAAAGCAGAAUGCUUAGCUAUGCUUGGAAGGUGUCAAGAGGCUCAGGAAAUUGCUAAUGAUUCAUUAAGGUUUGACAGUUUUGACACUGAGGCUAUAUAUGUGCGUGGAUUGUGCCUGUAUUUUGAGGAUAAAGAUGAACAAGCAUUUAAACAUUUCCAACAAGUUUUACGACUUGCUCCUGAUCAUAAGAAAGCUAUGGAAACUUAUAAAAAGGCUAAAUUGCUCAAACAAAAGAAGGAAGAAGGUAAUGAAGCAUUCAAAAUGGGUAGGUGGCAGCAAGCUCUGAGCCUCUAUAAUGAAGCUUUGACUAUUGACAAGAACAAUAAGAUUGUAAAUGCUAAACUGUACUUCAACAAGGCAACAGUGUGUGCUAAACUGAACCAAAUCAAGGAAGCUGCGGAAGCUUGCACUGCUGCCCUCGAACUAGACGAAAACUACGUGAAGGCGUUACUUCGACGUGCCAAGUGCUACACUGAACUUGGCGAAUUCGAAGAAGCUGUCAAAGAUUACGAAAAGCUCUACAAGAUUGACAAGAGCAAAGAAAAUAAGCAAUUACUGCAUGAAGCCAAAAUAGCUCUUAAAAAAUCGAAACGCAAAGACUAUUAUAAAAUACUUGGCAUUGACAAGAGUGCUUCAGAAGAUGAAAUCAAGAAAGCAUAUAGGAAGCGCGCCCUCGUCCAUCACCCAGAUAGGCACGCGGGAGCACCCGACACCGAGCGUCGUGAGCAGGAGCGCCGUUUCAAAGAAGUCGGUGAGGCGUACGGGGUACUUAGCGAUCCCAAGAAGCGCGCGCGCUAUGAUCACGGACAAGAUCUCGACGAUGAUGGCUCCGGCAUGGCAGAUAUUGACCCCAACGUAGUAUUCCAGACCUUCUUCAACCGUGGUGGACAACAUUUUGAUUUCGGCGGCCGAUUCCCAGGGAACACUUUUGAUUUUCAUUUCGGUUAA